AUGAAAACUCUUUCGAGCGUAAACCAGCGCGCCAAGUGUCGGCCCAAUAAGAAAGCCCUUGUAAACAGAGGUGGUCCAAUAUACCGAUUUGACGAUCCAAGUGCCAACUCCACCGCCAAAUCCACCCGCAUUAAAAUCGUGGUCAAAGCGAUGGAGCUGGGCUACACGGGAAUCGCUUACAGCCGUACGAUCAGGGGCGUCAUGUCUGAUCGCGACCGUUGCUUGAUCCCUCUCCUCCCCAUCGCCCCUUUUCUCUCAUGUUCCGUAAACUUCCACCGAGACCUCCUCCGAGUUCCUAUCUCCUCUCCUUUCCGCCUGUACACGCGCCUCACUGUCUGCAUCGACACCGCGUCGCAGUCGCAGGCUUUAAAUUCUGGGAACCCGGUAUUGAAGACAUACGACAUUGUUGCCGUUAGGUCAUUGAACCAAAAUACAUUUGAUCACGCGUGCGAAAAGGCAGAGGUGGACAUAAUUUCAAUUGAUCUCUCAGAUAAGUUGCCGUUUCGUUUGAAAUUACCCAUGGUUAAAGCUGCUUUUAAGCGUGGCGUUCGUUUUGAAAUUGCAUAUUCUGAUCUUAUUGUGGAUGCUCAUCGAAGGGGGCAAAUGAUAUCCAAUGCUAAGUUGAUGCUGGAUAGGACUCGAGGAAAAAGUAUCAUAUUUUCUAGUGCUGCACCUUCUGUCUGUGAAGUUGAAGGGCCGAAUGAUGUUGCAAACUUAGCAUCUUUGCUUGGUCUCUCUAUGGAACGAGCUAAAGCAGCUAUUUCAAAAAAUUGUAGGAAUCUUUUGACUAACGCUUUAAUAAGAAAGCACUUUUUCAAGGAGGCUAUCAGAGUUGAACCUGUGUCAUAUGUUCAGCCAUCUGACUCUGAAACACCUUGCCCUUGGCCUGCUGGCUGGCUCAAGUGGGAUCCCAUCUCUAGUGGAGAAGGUGAUUUAUUGCUGGAUGACAUGGCAAAGUCUUUCUCUGCCUCCAAUAAUGUAUCCAAAACUGUGAAACCCAUUGAUUUUGAUUCUAUCAUUGACAAGAUACCAUCACAUGGCUUCCAAGUUAAGGAUUUGAUAUCUGGAACUGAGGCUUCCUCCCAGCCUCCGACAACAGCCAGAAGCUUUUCGUCUACUCCUGAGCCAAUUGAGUUAUCUGUUACAAACAAUUGGGUGUUUGAAAAUUCCAUCAAGCUCGAUCUUCUUCCUGAAAAGGAUGAUGCUUUAUUAGACAAUACAUGUUCAGAACAUUGA